AAUAUCAUUGUUGACAGAUUUUGGCCAUAAUGAUGGAAAUGAGUGUUUCCCAUCAGGCAAUAUUUUGAACGUCCUCAUAGCUUUUCAGGACCCGGAGGUGACGCAUGGCAGUCUCGCUAGCAAGCUAAAUAGCUAACAAGCUAAGAAAGAAGAAUAUAAAUGACAUCCAUCUAUCACUACAAUCAUCACAAAGAAGAAUAUAAAUGACAGUCAUCUAUCACUACAAUCACCAGCCUGGACACAUUUAAGAUGUCAGAAGUAAAAGUCAAGAAGGAAACAAACUCUUAUGAACCCGCCGAAGUUGAAAACAGGAUCAAGGACUUGUGUCAGCAGUUCCCACAGGGGAUCACUGACCAGGUGAUCCAGAACGACAUGCCUCACCUGGAACCUCAGCAGAGAGCCAUGGCCAUCAACAAGCUGCUCUCAUUGGGCCUGCUGGACCUCCUGAGGAACAGUUCUGGACUCCUCUACAGGCUGAAGGACUCCCAGAGUGCCAGUAAGAUGAAAGGUUCUGACAACCAGGAGAAACUAGUCUAUCAGAUCAUUGAAGAUGCUGCAAACAAAGGUAUCUGGAGCAGAGACAUCCGCUUCAAGAGCAACCUUCCUCUCACAGAGAUCAACAAGAUCCUGAAGAACUUGGAGAGUAAAAAACUCAUCAAAGCUGUGAAGUCUGUGGCGGCGUCCAAGAAGAAGGUGUACAUGUUGUACAACGUGCAACCUGACCGCUCGGUGACUGGGGGGGCGUGGUACAGCGACCAGGACUUUGAGUCGGAGUUUGUGGAGGUUCUCAACCAGCAGUGCUUCAAGUUCCUGCAGACCAAGGCGGAGGCAGCCAGAGACGGCAAGCAGAGUCCCAUGAUGCAGAGGAACGCUUCCUUCGCCACAUCACACGAAGUCUGGAAGUACAUCUGCGAGCUGGGAAUCAGCAAGGUGGACCUGUCCAUGGAGGACAUGGAGACCAUCCUCAACACGCUGGUCUAUGACGGCAAAGUGGAGGUGAACGUCAUGGCCGCCAAGGAGGGAACGCUGGGCAGCGUGGACGGACACAUCAAGCUCUACCGCAGCGUCCACGCCAUCGUCCCGCCCACUGGCCUGGUCAAGACGCCCUGUGGCCUCUGCCCGGUUUUUGACGACUGUCACCCGGGAGGGGAAAUCUCACCCUGGAACUGUGUGUACCUGGACGAGUGGUUGGACUUCUGAUGUGUGCGUGUGUGCGUGUGUGUGUGUGUGUGUGUGUGUGUGUGUGUGUGUGUGUGUGUGUGUGUGUGUGUGUGUGUGUGCCUGGAGCAGUGGUUGGACUUCUGAUGAGUGGACAUCUUGUUGUCACACAGGAAGUCCUCCCUCGAUCAAUAAAGUUAUCAAUCCUUCACUGGUGCGAGCAUGUUAGCUAAGCUACCUAGCACACCGCUAACGUUCCAAUAAAUCAACUUAAUUUAUACAAUAAAUGUUUUUUAAUUGUAUCAA